AUGACACCAUUUAUCCACAUAGGAAACCUGGCCUCUACCAAACAGGUUUCAGAGCCUUUUCUGAAGCAUUUGUCAAGACCCUACAGGGAGGGGCCCUUGGGUGGGAGCUCCUGUGUGCAGGACUGGCCUGAAUACAUUUCCAUGAGCCAAGCCCUGGGAAAACCCCAGUCCACUGUUGUAAUGGGAAAAUCUGACGUUGGUGAAAUCUUUGACUUGAAUCAGAAUGUGUGGAUCUUUCAAGAUGAAAAUCUCAUAUCAAUUCCACGAAGAAGAAAUGUGAAGCCAGUAAUGGUCGCCAUCAUGCCCUGCAAGCACCCAGUGUUUUCUGAGCAAAACUUCGGAUUUCCCAUUUAUUUGGGAAUAAAAAAUCCAGAAAAGUGUCUAUCUUGUGAGGAGAUUGAAGGGAAGACCACACUGCAACUGAAGGAUAAGAAUAUCUUAGACCUGUACAAUGCACCUGAACCUGUGAUAGACUUCCUAUUCUACCGAAACCAGGAUGGCAGGACCUCCACCUUUGAGUCAGUGGCCUUCCCUGGCUGGUUCAUCGCCUCCUCUGAUAAAGGCCAACCCCUCUUUCUCACUUCCAACCCGGGGGGAACAGACAAUAUUGCUUUCAUCUAUAAAGCUUCAGAUUUAUACUAG